GGGCGGGCGAUUUGAGCGGACCGCUGUUGUUUGUGUCAAACGGGAAGCGACACCGCUCCCCCGAUUGUCGGUGAAAUACAAGGAAAAUCCGUUAUUUCGGCACAAAAGAGGUCAGUAUGAACGAAGGGACGCCUAAAAACGUAAUGGCGGAAAAUAAUAAUCCUAACGGCUCGCAGAGAAGACGGUCCUCGCGCUUGAGUUCUCCUCCGCAGGCUCAAACUGACACAAAGAUGGCUGCCGUCAAACGCUCCAUCGUUGUGAGGAAAAUAGCUCCCAGAAAAACGGUCGCACCGUCGGAGCAGAACAAGGAGAACACACCGAGACGAUCCGAGCCGGAGAGCAGCCAAAACAAGCCAAGGAUCUCCCCCAGGGUUGCAAAGGUCUCCACUCCAGAUCCUGUCCCGGGACGUAGGAGCUCUUCGUCAGCCAAGAAGAAGAAGGCCACUAUCCUCUCCCCGAUCCUCCCUACCUCACCGCUGCCGUCUCAUGCCCAACAGCCCCCAGUGGAUCCAGAGGACGAGGUGUGGUCACAGAAAGUGCGCCGCUCCUACAGCAGGCUCAGCGACAAAUCCUUCAACAGUCCCAACUCCAGGGAGAGCUUAUUUGGCUUUGAGAAGCUGAAAACCCCCGAAGUGGUCCGAAGGGUCGAGCUGUCCAAGACGGGGAUGGAGGUUUCUGGAUCCUUGUCGGGUCUGAACUCAUUCACGUCUUUGCUGGAGGCGGAGGACUGUGGUUCAGGUUUCCCUGAGCCGGACCCAAACAUCCCCGGAGUGGCUGUGGUGAAGGAGAAGAGGAAGAGGAGGAAGAAGGUGCAGGAGAUCGGCAGCACGGAGCUGGACGAGCUGGCUGCACAGAUGAACGCAGAGUUUGAGGAGGCAGAGGAGUUUGAGUUGAUCGUGGAGUAAAUAAUGUGACUGAAAGACUGAAGGAAUCUUGUUUUUGUCUCUAACAUGCUGAAGAACUGACAACACUUAUCUGUGUGCCUCAUACUCAAAACAGUCAUGUUUUUGCUUUUUUCCUGCUCUUCAUGCUGUAAAAUUAGUUUAUAUUUUUGGAAUUGCAUGUUCAUUCGUUGAAUAGAUCUUAAUUUGGUUGUUUAGACUAUUAUUAUGUGUUCAAAUUAGGGCUGGGCCAAACAUCAAUAUUAUAUCAAGGGAUGCACAAUAUAUAUAUUUUUUUUUUAUAAAUAUGACGAUAUCCGAUAAUCCAAUGUAUAAAAACUCAUUUUUCAGCCAAUAUUGAUAUAUCCACUUUAAUCCCAAACUAAUCUUAGUGAUCAUCAAGUCUCCUCUGUAAAGGAAUUAACAUCAUAUUAUGCAUACUCUUAUUGUGAUGACCCGCAGAUGGGUACACGAAUACACUCUUUUUAGUGUAUCCAUUAUUCAUCCAUUGUGCAAAAUAAGAAAAACAACUUGGGGUUAAUGUUUUAACAUGUUCACUUUGUCAAUAAAUAAAAAAAUACUUGUUUGUAAUCAGCACAUUGUCCAAUUCCAAUAUUUCAUUUUAUAGCCAAUAUCUGCUGAUAUCAAUAUCGUGCUGAUGCUAUUAUGCAUCCCUAAUUAUAUCAGUUUGGUGAUAUAAGACUAUUGUCUAAGAUUUCGGAUAUCUUAAGAUCAUUAGUAUUGUCUUCUGUUAUUAAAGGCUGCAUUACAGUAACACUUUCUGAAACCACCAGACAGUUUUAGCUGUUCUUUUAUUUGACCUCAUACUCUGAUUCAUUAUAUCCACAUUACUGAUUAUUUAUCAAAAAUCCAUUGUAUAAAUAUUUUGUGAAAGCACCAAUACUCAACCCAGCAAUAUCUAUUUUAAGGUCUUUGGUCAAAAAUGUUUUGAUGUCUGAUUUUCUUCGUAUUGCCCAGCCCUAGGUCAAAAAAUCAGUAGAUAGAGAAGUAAAACCAAAAACAUAUUCUUUUUUGUUUUUUAUUAUUAAUGAAACAUGUACACAGAUCUUGUUUUGGGUGAUCCGAUAUCUUACAUUUGUCAUGUUAAAGGUCCAACUUGGAGUGAUAAAACUGAAUUUUAAGAGUUUGCUUUUAAAUGGGCUUUGUCUGUUUUAAUUGACUUUUUAGCAGAAACUGGUUGUUGUUGUAGACGGGCAAUAUGUGACAGUUUGACAUUAGUAUUGUAAUCACAUGAGGAAGACGUCAUUUGUAAACUCUGAAACAUUAUUUACAGCAUCUGAGCGCCAUAAAGGGAUUAUUUUUAUCAGGAGAAAAUUGACUAGACUUAAUUGGCAUUUUGUAUGUCUUAAUGAUAUUUGAACAACAGAAAAACAACAUGUGAGCAGCAGUUCAGUUUGUUACCAGGAGGUUUUACAUUCACUUUUGACAUAAUAUUUCAGAAUAAGACUCAGAAAAUUGAUGCUCUUAGACUGUUAAUUUUAUGCAACUAUCUGUUCUUUCUUGUUUUUUCUUGCAUGUGAAUGCAAAUAAA